AUGUCAACAGCGCUGCCUUCGAAGCAAACCAUCAUCGUUCAAAGGAAGACUCCAGGACUGCCCAAAGGGCGAUUGCCUCUAGCAGUGGCACAUGGGAGAGCGGUGCCUGAGCUCCGAUCGGAUCAUGAUGUGCUCGUUCAAGUCUUAGCCGUGGGACUGAAUCCAGUCGACGCCAAGAUGGUCUCGCACUUCUUCAUGGAGGACACGCCAGCCGGGUGCGAUUUCUUUGGAGUAGUGGUGUUGGCAGGAUCUGCUUCCACUGUCCGGGUCGGCUCGCGUGUUAUUGCUGGCGAGCUCCCCUAUCGACAGAACAAUCAACUUCACGGUGGUUUUUCUCAGUACGCAAUCGCCGAUGCCAGACAUACCAUUCUGGUACCUGAUCACUGGAGUGACACUCUAGCCGCAGGUCUUGGCAACCUAUCGUGGGCAACGGUAGGGCUGGCAAUGUCGAAACCCGAUGCGCUUGCUCUUACGGGUAAGCCUUCAGCGCCGUCUGAAAAGGCCAUUCUCGUCUUGGUGUACGGCGGUGGGACUGCAACAGGCUGUAUAGCUAUCCAAAUGCUGAAGCGGUCGGGCUACGAUCCUAUUGCAGUGUGUUCCGACAGAUCUGCCCCACGUGCUAUGAGCUACGGUGCAAUCGGCACAGCCUCGUACACGUCGCCUAAUUGCGUCGAAGAAGUGCGAAAGAUUGCACAAGGCAGGCCGAUCAAACAUGCUUUAGACUGCAUUACGCAGCCAGAUUCGGUUGAGAUAUGCUUCAAUGUGCUGGCAAGGCUUGGAGCUCGAUACGCGUGUCUUGAGGACUGCCCCGAGGCAUGGCGGCCUCGUCGGUCAGUCAAGGUCAAUAUUAUCAUGGGUUACGAGCAGCUCGGGUACGAUGUUGAACUUGGCGACUCUGUGUACACACGAAAGAGUAACCCUGAAUCUGUGCAGCUCUGUAGAAUGUGGGCUGCAGAAAUUCAAGAGAUGGUCAAUCGGGAUUUGAUCCAGCCUUUGCCUAUCAAAGAGGUGGAAGGUCAAUUUGAGGGCAUUGUGCGAGGUCUAGAAGAAAUCUCGAAGGGCAAAAUUGCGGGAACCAAACUCGUAGUGAGAUUAGUUUAA